AUGGCCUGGUUUUCGCCGGUUUUUGCCCAAAUCUUUCUGAUCCUCGUUUGGCUAUUGUUGAGCGCCCAUGGCCAAGAGCCGACCCCCGACCCCGGCAAGCAAAAACGCAUCGACGCAUUCCGGAAAACAGUCGGCGAUCAGGACUGGGUGCCCACCCUCGACCUGUAUGAUCGCUUUGAUUUUAGCGGCCUGCGCGAGAUGAAGAUGAACGUGCUGGAGGCGUUCCGCCACGACAUCGACUGCCCGUUCAUCGGCGAGGGCGAGCGGUUGUUGCGGCAGCGUGAAGGGCGCUGUCCCCGCGAGAAUGACGAAGAAAAAUCGUCGAAUUCCUCAUUUUCGCGGAUGCGCGACAAGCUGAGGCAAAAACGGGUGAAGGGCCGCCGGAAGCGCUUCAACGCGAUCCAGGACGCCAAGAAGCAUGUGCUUAACUUUGCGACGUUCGGGAUGUUGCGGGGUGAUCCGCUGAAGCUGCCACCGACCGGGGCCUCGAUGCUCAUCCUCGAGGGGCAGUGGCUGACGCUGAGAUGUGCUCUGAAGAAGGAUGAAGAUAAGAAUCAAACAGUCUGGGUUGUAAAUGGCAACACGAUCGAGCCGAACUACUACGAGUGGCGCAUCAAGGCCGAGGCGGACAUGUUCGAGGUUUUCCCGACCGUCCUCGACGACGCCGGCAUUUUCGAGUGCCUCUACGAGGACCAGCUGCGCGGUUUUGCCAAUAUCACGAUCGUUACCCGAUGGGCGGCCAUCUGGAUGGGCUAUCAGAACUACAUGACGGUGAUGUGCGUGUUUUUGCCGCUGUGGGUGGCACUCCUCGGCAGCAACUUUUUUGCGCCGCCACCGAAGUUCAAGAAGAAACAUGGGAAAUGGGGCGACGCCUACAUCGAGCAUCGCCUGAACGACAAUGUAUCUAAGGCAAAGGAAUCGAUUGCCCGCAAAAAGUUUGGCGACGACCUCGAGAAGCAGAAGGAAUUCCUGCUGAGAAGCCAGUACGGGCCAGCCGAAACCGCCGCCAUCAACCGACGCAUCAUCCAGACAAUUCUCGACGGCUGCCGU